CUUCGUUUUUCAUUUGGAGUCUCAUAUGACUUAUGAGGCCUUUCUCCUAUUGAUAUUUAUUAACCUAAUACUUCCUCGUUUUGGUUUGAUGAUUUCUUUUUCGCCACAAUAAACUAUUGAAGAGAUUACAGCAACAGAUACGCACCAGGGAUUUCGAAAACACUACGAGUGUGUCUAUGUCAAAAAUGAUAGAUUCAAUAACAAGGCAAGAGACACGCAAGUCAGGUGCAUCAAGACCCGAUUCGUCACCUGGGCUGAAUCGAUGUUUAUCUGGAAAUCACCUUGAUGACACAUCGUACUAUACCGGACAUCCUAGUGACUCUCAAGGAAUAACAGAUCAAGAGACGGAGCACGUUUCUACUGUUGAUUCAGAAGAUACUGAUACCGAUGGUGUUUCUACUAUAUCCCCAGAAGUUAUAGAUGGUAUCGAGGUUGAGAGGGAUGUUGAGUUGGGCAGAGAAAAGACCCGAAAGAGCUUGAAAAGUGUUAGAGAUUUAAACCUAGUUACCUGGGAAGGACCGGAUGAUCCAGAGAACCCUAAGAAUUGGAAAAUCGGACGUAAAUGGGCUGCUGUAUUGGUAGUGUCGAGUUUUACCUUUAUAUCCCCUGUUUCCUCCUCCAUGGUAGCACCAGCCCUUGCUUCGAUAUCUUCAGAUUUACAUAUUGUGAAUUCCAUAGAGCAGAGUUUGGUGCUGUCUAUUUUCGUCCUGGCUUAUGCUGUUGGUAAGUCAAUUCUAUUGUCCCAACUAUGGACAGCCACUAACACUAAAGUAGGCCCACUAUUCCUUGGUCCCCUAAGUGAAAUGUUUGGACGAGUCAUUGUAGUGCAAAUAAGUAACCUCAUAUACUUGUUUUUCAACCUCGGUUGUGGUCUGGCGCAUACUAAGGGACAACUGAUUGCUUUCCGAUUUCUGGCCGGUCUAGGCGGCUCCGCGCCUUUGGCUCUUGGAGGUGGAGUGCUCAGUGAUUUAUUCACGGCCGAAGAACGUGGCAAAGCAAUCUCUGUAUACUCCCUCGCUCCACUGCUAGGGCCGGCAAUAGGACCAAUAGCAGGCGGGUUUAUAGCUGAGAAUACUACGUGGAGAUGGGUAUUUUAUGCUACAACUAUAGCUGAUGCAGUCAUUCAAACCAUAGGAUUAUUCUUUCUUCAAGAAACGUUUGCGCCCGUUUUACUGGGACGCAAGAAGAACAAGCUUAUCCAGGAAACAGGAAAUCAAGAUCUUCACACAGAAUGGGAUGUACCAAACCGAACCAUUACUACGACCAUCAAGAUUAGUUUAACGCGACCAUUCAAAUUACUUGGUAUGCUUAAGCGUUCCAUUAAAUCCUUUGUUGUUAAUAUUCCGGUACACCUUCCACACAGGCAUUGCAAAUUCUCAAAGAUAAACAACUUGUUGAGGGCUUGCUGAGGAAGAAAGCAUCUUCCUCAAAAGAUCGUUGCUCAUAUAAAGGGCAAUGGUCUUGUAGUGAAAUCACUAUGCUUAGACUCCCGCGGAACAUCUUCGCCUCAAAUCUUUUCCUGUACUGACUCUCGGAUUUAGGAACACAAGUGAUUAUACAGGUGUUGGCUGUAUAUAUGGCUUACCUCUAUGGUAUAAUGUAUCUCGUACUCUCUACAUUUCCGGGACUGUGGGAAGGCGUAUACGGCGAAAGUACUGCAAUCGGUGGACUGAACUACAUAUCUUUGGGGACUGGUUUCUUUCUAGGUACGCAGAUAUGUGCUCCCGCACAAGACAGGAUUUAUCGGGCCCUAAAAGCACGUAACAAUGGGGUCGGGAAGCCCGAAUUUCGAGUUCCUCUAAUGAUUCCUGGUGCUUUACUUGUGCCAGUCGGGCUCUUCUGGUACGGAUGGAGUGCUCAAGCCCAAACUCACUGGAUAGUGCCAAAUAUUGGAGCGGCAAUCUUCGCAGCAGGAACUAUCAUUGGAUUUCAAUGCAUUCAAACGUACAUUGUCGACUCCUACACCAAAUACGCUGCAAGUGCUGUAGGUGCAGCGACCGUCAUGAGAAGUUUGGCUGGCUUCGGAUUCCCAUUGUUUGCACCAUACAUGUACGCAGCGUUAGAUUAUGGGUGGGGCAAUAGUUUGCUUGGAUUUAUUGCGAUUGGGUUGGGAUGGCCGGCUCCCAUCUUGUUGUGGAUGUAUGGCGAGAAGCUUCGCACGAGGAGUACAUUUGCAGCUGGAUAAGAGAAACACAAAAAUAUACGAGUGCGAGUGUGAGGAGGAUGCGUGGUGCUGAGUUCUUGUUUGUUGAGCGCGAUCGUACGAGUGAGCGAAAAAUGGCAUGCAUGAAUAAUGCGGGGUUACUGGGGGUUUUCAAGGUCAAACGGCGACGUAAAAUACCCCUUUUGCGGGUAAACUUAAUGAGUACAUAGAAAUAGUAAUACGAUUGUCAUUGAAAGAAAAUAAUAC